GCGAUCUGCUUGAAGGACGGAAUCUGGAGAUGGCACCCAAAUCGAAGAAGGCGGUCAAGCCAAAUGCCAACAACGAUUCAGAGUCAAGCGGCGCCGGAAAACUCAAGCCGGCCAAUAGUCUGAAGGUCCGACACAUUCUUUGUUCCAAGCAAUCUAAUGCACUUGAGGCGAUCGCUCGACUCAAGUCCGGGGUCUCGUUUGAUAAAGUUGCAUCUGAAUUGAGUGAGGAUAAGGCACGGAAUGGGGGCAGUUUGGGCUGGAUGACACGAGGAUCAAUGGUCGGACCGUUCCAAGAAGCAGCCUUUCAGCUGCAAACCUCCAGUGUCGGGUCACCCAUCUUUACAGAUCCAGCAAUAAAAACAAAUUUUGGUUAUCACGUCAUAAUGGUUGAAGAGCGAAAAUAAUUCCCGAUCCAAAAGCAUCUUGCACAAAGUAAAUCCACAUAUUGGGCACCCUCAUCCACUCCAUCAGGAGCCUCAACUCUUUGAGGCAUCAGCAGAUUUUGUCGUCCAAGUGUAUCUACUGGCAAAUAUCCAUUUUUUGAUGCCGACCAUAAUGACUAUUAAAAAUACAGUCCAAAAAAUGGAAGACGGGUAAAUUGAUUGGAUGUGACCCAUCGGCAGAUGCUCAUCACCAUAAGACAUGCAUGCACUGUGUGGGGAACCUGAUGACUGAUGCACAACUAUACGGCAG